AUGGGCAACGACAGCUCCAUCCUCGCCGACGGUUCCGCCAUGGCCGCGCCCGGCACGUCAUUCAACCACACGCUCUUCGAAACAGCUCUACCACCGCUGCCUGUAUUCAGUCUUGAGCUCCAGCCCGACCUAUUGUCGUGGGUGUCCGACUUCUGGCUUAACCUUCUACUGCCCGUUUUCGUUUACUGGGCGCUGUCUCUGACCUUCCACGCCAUUGAUGUCUUCGACUGGUUCCCUCAGUAUCGACUUCACACGCCCGACGAGAUCACCAAGCGCAACCACGUCUCCCGUUAUGAAGUCGCCCGCGAUGUUAUCCUGCAGCAGGUCAUCCAGGUCGUCACUGGCGCUCUUCUCGCCUUGUCCGAGCCUGCCGAGAUGAUGGGCAAGGCCGAACAUGACGUUGCCAUCUGGGCUACUCGCAUUCGUGUCGCCCAAAGAGCACUCCCAACUGUCCUUGGUCUCGUCGGUUUCAAUGCUACUGCCAUCUCAAAGAGUCUGCUCGACUCACACCCCCUGCUGGCCGGGGCUGUCGCUGGUGGCUACUAUCCCUCGCUCAUCAACGCGAACUCCGAGCCUGCUUUCGCCUCGUGGGAGAUGACAUUGGCCAAGGCUAUCUACUACUUUGCGAUCCCUGCUGUUCAAUACUUCAUUGGAGCUGCCAUCAUCGACACUUGGCAGUACUUCCUCCACCGAUUGAUGCACGUCAACAAGUGGAUGUACACCCACUUCCACUCCCGCCAUCACCGUCUUUAUGUGCCUUACGCCUACGGUGCUCUCUACAACCACCCUGUUGAGGGAUUCCUGCUCGACACCCUUGGCGCCGCUGUUGCUUUCAAGGUCACACGAAUGACAUUGCGCCAGGGUAUUCUAUUCUUCUCCAUGUCCACAAUCAAGACUGUUGAUGACCACUGCGGCUACUCAUUCCCCUGGGACCCUCUUCAACUGGUUACCAGUAACAACGCUGCCUACCACGACAUCCACCACCAACACUACGGCAUCAAGACCAACUUUGCCCAGCCUUUCUUUACUUUCUGGGAUACCCUUCUCGACACCAAGUACAAGGGCUCAAGGACUAACAAGCCCGGUCAGAAGAAGGCAGCGAUUCAAGCAAAGGCUCUGUAA